UCAGUCAGAAUCCCUCUCUCUCUCUCUCUCUCUCUCUCUCUCUCUCUCUCCGUUCCCUCUUUUUCAUCAGUCACUUUCACUGCCAAUACAAUGCCUUCUCAGUCCCACAUAAAACCCCAUCUCUUUCCCUGUCUCUCUCCGCCAUGAUCAACGAUUCCCACAGAAACUCGACUUCGACUCGUGGGUGAGUAGGAAAAAUAUUUGUUUGAACCGAGUUUGGUUUCCUCUCGUUCAUGGGAUCCUAUGAUCCAUCAGGCGGCGCCGCCUCCUCCAAUGGUAGUUCCUCGAGCUCUGGAACCAAGCCGGCGGAGAUGGAUGGUCUUCUAGCCGGCGCUGGAUACAAGGUCAAGUCGUCGGAGCUCCGUCGAGUGGCUCGACGUCUUGAACGACUUGAGAAUGUCAUGGUCAACGCCGCUGACAUUUCUCAACUUGCUUCCGAUACCGUACACUACGACCCCUCGGAUAUCAGUUCUUGGAUUGACACUCUUCUUACCGAAUUGAACCAGACCGUUUCUCUGCCGUGUGAUCUGUUGGAGUUGCCGGAUCUCCCAACUUGUCCGUUGCUGGAAGAAACCACUGUUGAUAAUCGCUGGGUCAUGGCUCAGAAUGAUCAGAGCCACCAUAGCUUCACUCCUCAGACGCAGCAAUUUCAGCAAUUGACGGUGGUGACAUCGAUGGAAGAAAACUCCGGGAUAAGGCUGGUCCACAUGUUGAUGACCUGUGCGGAUUCUCUUCAACGUGGCGAGCUAGCUCUUGCCGGCUCGCUUCUCGAGGACAUGCAGGGUUUGUUGGCGCACGUGAACACCAGCUGUGGCAUCGGAAAAGUCGCCGGAUACUUCAUCGAUGCCCUCAGCCGCCGGAUCUUCGCGCCACGGACCAUUGGCACUGGCUCCUCCUGCACCUGUUCGCCUUUUGAGGACGAGGUUUUGUACCAUCACUAUUACGAGGCUUGCCCUUACCUCAAGUUCGCUCACUUCACGGCGAACCAAGCCAUCCUCGAAGCCUUUAACGGCCACAAUUGCGUCCAUGUGAUCGACUUUAACCUCAUGCACGGGCUCCAGUGGCCGGCCUUGAUUCAAGCUCUGGCCCUCCGUCCUGGUGGGCCCCCCUUACUGAGGUUGACUGGCAUUGGUCCGCCUUCUCCGGACGGCCGCGACACCCUCCGCGAAAUUGGGCUGCGACUCGCUGAGUUAGCGCGCUCCGUAAACGUCCGAUUUGCCUUCCGUGGAGUCGCAGCUUCCAGACUCGAAGACGUCAAACCAUGGAUGCUCCAGGUAAGCCCGAAAGAAGCAGUGGCGGUGAAUUCCAUCAUGCAGCUUCACCGCCUCCUUGGAUCUGACCCGACAAGAGAACCCGUUAUCCAAUCCGUCCUUAGCUGGAUCCAAAGCUUGAACCCGAAAAUCAUGACAGUGGUGGAACAAGAAGCGAAUCACAACCAACCCGGGUUCUUAGACCGGUUCACAGAAGCUCUGUACUACUACUCCACCUUGUUCGACUCGUUGGAGGCUUGCUCGCUCCAGCCGGAUAAAGCCUUAGCCGAGAUAUACAUCCAGAAGGAGAUAUGCAAUGUGGUGUGCUGUGAGGGAUCGGCUCGCGUGGAGAGGCACGAGCCGCUGGGUAAGUGGAGAGAUCGGCUCACUAAAGCCGGCUUUAGGGCUCUACGCUUAGGAUCAAAUGCUUUCAAGCAAGCUAGCAUGCUGUUAACUCUGUUCUCAGCUGAAGGUUAUUGUGUGGAAGAAAACGAAGGAUGUUUGACUUUGGGCUGGCAUAGCCGACCCCUCAUUGCUGCUUCGGCUUGGCAAGCCGCGCCAGAGUAUGGAGUAGCUUAAUCAAGUAACACAGGAAGGAUUGUGAUGUAAAUUUCUCCCUUAUGGUUAAUGGUUAUAGCCUCAUCGAAUA